AUGAGGACUUUUGCCAUCAUCUCGAGCUCUCUGCUCGCCAUCGCCGUCUCUGGCGCUCCCGUCGACCUUCCUAAACUUCCAGUCGGACUCGCCAGCCUGAGUCCGCCCUCGCUGCCCACCAACGACGUCGAGUUCCCUGUCAAGAACCUGCCUGUCAGGCGCGCAGAUUUCCCUGUCGUCGACGACGCUGUCAAGGAUGUCAAGUUUCCCGCUCUCCCUACCCUGUCUAAGCUCCCCACCGGCGAUCUCAAGGUCCCUGUCAAGCGCGCCGACCUCCCAGUCGUCGACGGUCUCCUCAAGGACGUGAAGGUCCCCGCUCGUCCCAAGCUUCCUGUUGGCAAUGUAGAGUUGCCCAUCAAGCGUGCUGAGCUCCCAGUCGUCAACGGUGCCGCCGAAAGCGUCAAGACUCCCAACCUCGCCACACUCCAUACUCUCCCCAAGCUCCCUGUCGACAACGUCAACCUCCCUGUCAGGCGCGCAGACGCGCCUAUUGUCGGCGAUGUCCUCAAGGACGUCACUCUCAUCGACGGUGUCGACCCCAAGGUCCACCUUCCUCUCCCCAUCAACACUGGCCUCAACAAGAAGGCUGUCAACUACGCUGUCAACGCCCCUGUCGGCGUUCCUGUUGAUGAUGUAGUUGAGAUUCCCGCCGUCAACAUUCCCACCGUCGCCGUCCCCAACAUCGACAUGCCCGACAUGAAUGUCCACCAGCCUAAUCUUGGCGUACGCACUGUUGCUGUCCCCGCUGCCCCUGCUGUUGGUGUUCCUUCCGUCAAGGGCCUCCCUAAGGUCGAUCUAACGUCCCGUGACAUCAAGCAGAGCCUCCCCGUCGUUGGAGCCGCUGACGUUCCUCUCGACGCUGGCAAAAUCCAGGUUGGCACUGCUGAUGAGUACGUUGACAAGGUAGUCAAGGGCACCAAGGUUGAGAGCCUGCCGAAGGUUGCCCGCGAGAUCAACCAGAGCCUCCCCGUUAUCGGCGGUGCCGACGUCCCUCUCGAUGCUGGAAAGAAUCAGGUCGGCACCACUUUCAAGGACGUCCCUGUUGAGGAGGUCGUCAAGGGUACUACCGUCAAGGAUCUGCUCAACGUUGGCCCCCGUCAGGUUAAGCAGAGCCCUCCUGUUGUUGGUGGUGUCGAUGUUCCUCUUGACGCUAGCAAGAUCCAGAUCGGCACGGUUGAUAAGUAUGUUGGGGGUGUUAAGGGUACCACCACUGGACUCUAA